AUGUCUAAGAUCGAGAAGUUCAACCAGUUGUUAAACUGUCUUCGAGGACCAGCCCUUGAAACGGUUCGAGCUUUCCAGGUGACCGCAGACAACUACACAAAGGCUCUGGACCGCUUAAAGCAGCGCUAUGACAACCCGACUCUCGUAUUUUUGGAUAACAUAUCGUCACUCUUCGCAUUGCCAACUGUCGCCAAGUCAAAUGGUCAGCAGUUGCGCAGCCUAAUCGAUCAUGCAUCCGCAUUAUACAACUCGUUGCGUUCGUUGAGCACCGAGCCACAGAUUUGCGAGGCCAUGCUCAUCUCCAUAGUUAUGGGCAAAGUGGACCAGGAGACUAAGAGGAAGUGGAAUGAGUCGCUGGACUACACUACGUUGCCUUCGUGGGAAAAAUGUGUUGGAGUCGUUGAACGUCAUUGUCAAUAUUUGGAAUCGGAUAAGAAGCCUCCUGCUGAAGCCCCUAUGAGUCAACCAGGUGGCCAUAGGUCGCACUCGCAGAUGCAUCAGACAGACUACAAGACCUUUAGAUGCCCAGAACUAAUCAAUCUCGCCCUAGAUAAUCGCCUCAAUGCAGUAAAGCGCCACAAGCUAUGCAUUAAUUGCCUUGGCAGGGGUCAGCUUGUAGCCAACUGCCCGUCGACGCGGAGGUGCCACUCAUGUGCACUACCGCAUCACUCGCUGCUUCAUCGGCCAUCGCCAGGAUCGGCCGCAGCUCCCUUGCCACUCCCUCAAGCGGAGCCUGUACAAGUUUCGGACGCAGUCGCGCAUACUCACACGGAGUCUCGUUCCGACUGUAUCAUUCUGGCCACGGCACUGAUUCUGGUCAAGGAGUCAUCUGGAAGCUACAAAAUAGGAAGAGCGCUUCUGGAUUCAUGUUCUCAGGUGAAUUUCAUAUCCGAGGAGUUUGCCCAAAGACUUCGACUGCCACGGAGCAAGCUCAACUUCGAGAUUCGUAGCAUUGGUGAGACACAAACGCGAAUUAAACACCAUGCAACCACCAAUAUCAAGUCGAGGCACAAUGGAUUCGAGUUGCUCCUUGAUUUUUGCGUGACAUCCCACAUCGCCUAUCAUCCAGAAUCGGAAAUUGACAUUUCUGCGUGGAACUUUCCGCAGCACUCAUCUCUGGCUGACGAGAGCUUCAACAAGUCUCGUCGGAUCGAUCUGCUUUUGGGGACGGAAACCUUCUUCGAUAUAUUGGCAGUCGGCCAAGUUAAAUUAGGAUAG